AUGGCAACGCCGCAUGUCGUAAGUGUAGAAAUACAAUCGCCUCAUUGAUACACAGCAGUAGGUAUUUAGAUCUCUCGGCGCAAGUUAUAAUUUGAAUCAGAUAAUCGACGAAAAUGACGAGACUGUUGACUAUUUCUAUUUUAGUUGUAGUUGUUACCCUAGCAGACGCGUAUUCAAAAUAUGGACGAACCUGCCAAGACAUAGGAUGCCUGAGCAAUGAGGUUUGCGUCCUCAAGGAAAAAACAUGUACCACAUACAACAGGGACGAGUGUGGAACAUAUCCCACAUGCGAAAAGAUGUCCAAUGUAGUUGCGUCAUGCGAGAAAUACGUAUGUCCACCUAGCCAAAUUUGCAAAAUGGACGGCUCGCGACCCAGAUGUUACGAUAACCCAGCCGUAUCAACAAAUCGCGAACACAAACGCCCGGUAGAAUCCUACCAACCCAUUUCGCCCGAUAGCGAAAACAUGCCGAACGCUCCCGUUUUUCCAUCGAACCCCAAUUCGCACUAUCCCUCCAAUCCCAAUUACCCGCAACAGCCGGCGAUUAACCCUCACUACCCUCAGCAGCCGGCGAUCAACCCGAACUAUCCUCAGCAACCGGGACAGUACCCCGGCUAUCCCAAUUCCGGAGUCUAUCCGCAACUUCCGCCCAGCGGACGACAGACAACCCCGCGCCCCAACGUCUACCAGCCCGGGCAACAAUAUCCGAUUGGCGGUGGCGGCUACACCGGCGGACAGGUCGGCUCCGGCUACCCCGGCUACCCGAUGCAAGGCGCAAACGUGCCUCCACGUCAAGGCGGCGGCUAUCCCGUGCAAGGCGGGGGAUAUCCGGUGCAAGGAGCAGGUUACCCCGGCUACCCAGGCUACACGAAUACGGGAAGUAGGUAUCCGGUAGGUGGGUCCGGCUACCCCAGCCAAGGCGGAUACUACCCGGCCCAAGGAAGCUACGGAAACACCGGCUACAGACAGAACACCGGAUCAAACUCCCCCUCAUUUUUGGAUAAGAUCACCGAUAGCCUUAAGACUCUAGGGCUAUUUUGGUGCGUACUAAAAUGUGUGACGUUCCAAAUGUAUGGCAUUCUCACGUAAAAGAUUGUAUACGCUGCCUUUUUAAAUGAAGCUAUUUUUUUAGUCUUUUAUUACAAAAAGCCAAACCUUCACCUACUAAAUAAGCUGAACGAUGGAAUAUUUUUUUAUUUGGAGACUUUGUAUAAUAUUGUUGAUAUAGUUGUAUAAUUAAAUUACUUCUAUUAUA